ACUGCGGGCGGAAGGAAGGAAGGAAGGGCGGAAGGGCGCGGGCGUCACAGACGGAAGUGGACCUGGGACGGUGAAAGGAAGGUGAAGAGAAGCGCGUCUGUCAGUCAGUCUGUGAGAGAGAGAGAGAGAGACGCACACAAUGGCAGGACUUCCCAAGCGUAUCAGCAAGGAAACUGUUCGCUUGAUGCAAGAACCAGUGCCAGGGAUUCAGGCACGGCCAGACGAGAAUAAUGCUCGUUACUUUCAUGUUGUUAUUGCCGGUCCCCAGGACUCCCCUUUUGAAGGCGGGAUUUUUAAACUUGAACUAUUUCUGCCAGAAGAAUAUCCCAUGGCAGCUCCUAAAGUACGCUUCAUGACCAAAAUCUAUCAUCCAAAUGUAGACAAGCUGGGCAGAAUCUGUUUAGACAUUUUGAAAGAUAAAUGGUCUCCAGCUUUGCAAAUUCGGACAGUGCUGCUAUCAAUCCAGGCAUUAUUAAGUGCCCCAAAUCCUGAUGAUCCAUUAGCAAAUGAUGUAGCUGAACAGUGGAAGAGCAAUGAGGCCAAAGCCAUAGAAACUGCCAAACAAUGGACAAGGCUACAUGCCACGUAAUGAGACGAUAUUCAAGAUAAAAGCUGAAUGCACCUCACAACUCCCGAUACGCCAAGAUUUCACCCUUCCUUAUAUUCAAAGAAUCCCAUCUUAGAAAACUGCAGAACACACAAACCCAGACAGUUAAAAUUAUUGGGGAUUAAGUGCACAUUUAGGGAAUAUUGGUCACGUUCUGAAUUCACCAUGAAAGCAUGAGCAAAGGUUAGAUGUAUACCACUUUGCUUUGUCUGUUCUUCCCCAUCCACAGUUUGAUUUGAAAGCAGUGGCAUACCUCUGUUUGAUUUGCAAUGACUUGCAAUGUUUGUAUCUUAGCACUGUGAAUGAAGUUAGGCUGUCAGCUGCUGGUGUUGUGUAAGUUUGUUUUUUUCGCUUUUCUUCUGUAUUUUGUGACGUGAAGACGAUUUUAAAACGCAGCUACUAGUACACAGUAGAUCACUCCUUUUGGCCAAGUCUGGUAAGUGUUUAUGUGCUGUAGUUUGAGCAGCUUGGCUGGUUAGACGUUCACUCAGUUAAUAAAGGAGGAGGAAAAAAAAGCUUCACUAACCUUGUGUCUCUGCUGUCAAACAUAGCGCCUAAGUAAGCUUUUAAGUUUGUGACUUUCGUAUGGCUUAUCUGGAAAAAAAAUUCUGUAAAUUUCUUGUUUAGUAAAAAAAAUUAUUCUAA